CGCCGGGAAGAUGGCCGUGGCGCUGCGGUACUUGUGGCCUCUCCUCCUGUGCAGCCCCUGCCUGCUCAUCCAGAUCCCCGAGGAAUUGACGGAGCCCCCCGUCAUCACGGAGCAGUCUCCACGGCGCGUGGUCGCCUUCCCCACAGAUGACAUCAGCCUCAAGUGCGAGGCCAGCGGCAAACCCCAAGUGCAGUUCCGCUGGACUCGGGACGGCGUCCUCUUCAAACCCAAGGAGGAGCCGGGCGUGACCGUGAGCCAGACCCCCCACUCCGGCUCCUUCACCAUCACGGGCAACAGCAGCAACUUCGCCCGCAGUUUUCAGGGCACCUAUCGCUGCUUUGCCAGCAACAAGCUGGGCACCGCCAUGUCCCACGAGAUCCAGCUCAUGGCCGAGGGUACCCCCAAGUGGCCAAAGGAGACAGUGAGACCUGUCGAGGUGGAGGAAGGGGAGUCGGUGGUCCUGCCUUGCCACCCGCCCCCCAGUGCAGAGCCGCUCCGGAUCUACUGGAUGAACAGCAAGAUCUUGCACAUCAAGCAGGAUGAGCGGGUGACCAUGGGCCAGAACGGCAACCUCUACUUCGCCAAUGUGCUGACCUCGGACAACCACUCGGACUACAUCUGCCAUGCCCACUUCCCUGGCACCCGGACCAUCAUUCAGAAGGAGCCCAUUGACCUCCGGGUCAAGGCCACCAACAGCAUGAUGGACAGGAAGCCGCGCCUGCUCUUUCCCACCAACUCCAGCAGCCACCUGGUGGCCCUGCAGGGGCAGCCGCUGGUCCUGGAGUGCAUCGCGGAGGGCUUCCCCACGCCCACCAUUAAAUGGCUGCGCCCGAGCGGCCCCAUGCCGGCCGACCGAGUCACCUACCAGAACCACAACAAGACCCUGCAGCUGCUGAACGUGGGUGAGGAGGACGACGGCGAGUAUCGCUGCCUGGCUGAGAACUCCCUGGGCAGUGACCGGCAUGCUUACUACGUCACCGUGGAGGCUGCCCCGUACUGGCUGCACAAGCCCCAGAGCCAUCUGUACGGGCCGGGAGAGACUGCCCGCCUGGACUGCCAAGUGCAGGGCAGGCCCCAGCCAGAGGUCACCUGGAGGAUCAAUGGGAUCCCUGUGGAGGAACUGGCCAAGGACCAGAAGUACCGGAUCCACCACGGAGCCCUGAUCCUGAGCAACGUGCAGCCCAGUGACACGAUGGUGACCCAGUGUGAGGCCCGUAACCGGCACGGGCUCCUGCUGGCCAACGCCUACAUUUACGUUGUCGAGCUGCCGGCCAAGAUCCUGACCCCAGACAACGAGACGUACAUGGCGGUCCAGGGCAGCACCGCCUACCUUCUGUGUAAGGCCUUUGGAGCCCCCGUGCCCAGCGUCCAGUGGCUGGACAGGGAAGGAAAGACGGUGCUUCAGGACGAGCGCUUCUUCCCCUACACCAACGGGACCCUGGGCAUCCGAGACCUCCAGGCCAAUGACACCGGCCACUACUUCUGCCAGGCCGCCAACGACCAAAACAACGCGACCAUUGUGGCCAACCUGCAGGUCAAAGGUGCCACUCAGAUCACGCAGGGGCCCCGCAGCGCGAUCGAGAAGAAAGGCUCGCGAGUGACGUUCACGUGCCGGGCCUCCUUUGACCCGUCCUUGCAGCACAGCAUCACCUGGCGCGGGGAUGGUCGCGACCUCCAGGAGCUUGGGGACAGCGACAAGUACUUCAUAGAGGGCGGGCGCCUGGUCAUCCACACCCUGGACUACAGCGACCAGGGCAACUACACGUGCGUGGCCAGCACCAAGCUGGACGUGGUGGAGAGCAGGGCGGAGCUCCUGGUGGUGGGGAGCCCCGGCCCCGUGCCUCGGCUGGAGCUGUCCGAUCGCCACCUGCUGAAGCAGAGCCAGGUGCGCCUGUCUUGGAGCCCCGCCGACGACCACAACGCCCCCAUUGAGAAGUAUGACAUUGAAUUCGAGGACAAGGAGAUGGCGCCCGAGAAGUGGCACAGCCUGGGCAAGGUGCCCGGGAACCAGACCUCCACCACGCUCAAGCUGUCGCCUUACGUCCACUACACCUUUAGAGUUACCGCCAUCAACAAAUACGGCCCGGGGGAGCCCAGCCCGGCCUCGGAGACCGUGCUCACGCCGGAAGCCGCCCCGGAGAAGAACCCCGUGGCCGUGAAGGGGGAGGGGAACGAGACCAACAACAUGGUCAUCACGUGGAAGCCGCUCCGGUGGAUGGACUGGAAUGCCCGCCAGGUCCAGUAUCGCGUGCAGUGGCGCCCUCAGAAGACACAGGGGGCCUGGCAGGAGCAGAUCGUGAGCGCCCCCUUCCUGGUGGUGUCCAACACUUCCACCUUUGUGCCCUAUGAGAUCAAGGUCCAGGCCGUCAACAGCCAGGGCAAGGGCCCGGAGCCCCAGAUCACCAUCGGCUACUCUGGGGAGGACUACCCCCAGGCCAGCCCUGAGCUGGAAGGCGUCAAGAUCCUCAACUCGAGCGCUGUGCUGGUCAGGUGGUGGCCUGUGGACCCAGCCCAGGUCAAGGGCCACCUCCGCGGAUACAACGUGACGUACUGGUGGGAGGGCAGUCAGAGGAAGCACAGCAAGAGGCACGUCCACAAAGGCCACGUGGUGGUGCCUGCGAACAGCACCAGUGCCAUACUGGGAGGCCUGCGGCCCUACAGCUCCUACCGUCUGGAGGUGCAGGCCUUUAACGGCCGGGGACUGGGGCCCGCCAGCGAGAUGACCUUCAGCACCCCCGAGGGAGUACCCGGACACCCCGAGGCCUUGCACCUGGAGUGCCAGUCGGACACCAGCCUGCUGCUGCACUGGCAGCCCCCGCUCAGUCACAACGGCGUGCUCACGGGCUACGUGCUCUCCUACCAACCUCUGGAUGAUGGGGGCAAAGAGCAGUUGUCCUUCGACCUCCCGGACCCUGAGCUGCGGAUGCACAACCUGACGAACCUCAGCCCCCACCUGCGGUACCGCUUCCAGCUCCAGGCCACAACGAAGGAGGGCGCUGGAGAGGCCAUCGUGCGGGACGGAGGCACCAUGGCCUUGUCUGGGACCCCGGAUUUCGGCAACAUCUCGGCCAUGGCUGGCGAGAAUUACAGCGUGGUCUCCUGGGUCCCCAAGGAGGGCCAGUGCAACUUCGGGUUCCAGAUCUGGUUCAAAGCCCUGGGGGAUGAGAAGCUGGGCGCUCAUCUCCCGCCGCAGUACGUCAGCUACAACCAGAGCUCGUACACGCAGUGGGACCUGCAGCCUGACACCGACUACGAGAUCCACUUGCUGAAGGAGAGGGUGCUGCUGCACCAGAUGGCCGUGAAGACCAACGGCACUGGCCGAGUGAGACUCCCUGCCGCCGGCUUUGCCACGGAGGGCUGGUUCAUCGGCUUCGUCAGCGCCAUCGCCGUCCUGCUUCUCCUCUUCCUCAUCCUGUGCUUUAUCAAGCGCAGCAAGGGUGGCAAGUACUCAGUGAAGGACAAGGAGGACACCCAGGUGGACUCGGAGGCCCGGCCCAUGAAGGAUGAAACCUUCGGCGAGUACAGUGACAACGAGGAGAAGGCCUUCGGCAGCAGCCAGCCAUCCCUCAACGGAGACAUCAAGCCCCUGGGCAGUGAUGACAGCCUGGCCGACUACGGGGGCAGCGUGGAUGUCCAGUUCAACGAGGACGGCUCCUUCAUCGGCCAGUACAGCGGCAAGAAGGAGAAGGAGGCGGCGGGAGGCAACGACAGCUCGGGGGCCGCCUCCCCCAUCAACCCUGCGGGGACCCUGGAGUAGAGCACAGCCCAGGGCCAGGCCGCAGCGGAGUCAGAGGCCAGGACCCCGCAGUCUGAGGCCUGCGCCGGGUCCCUGACCUUGGGACUGAGGCCCCUCCCUCUCUUCCCCAGGCUGCGGCCCGGCCCUCUGACC